AAUGCCACACUGAAAAUAACACCUCUCCCCCCAGAGCUGAGAGGGCUCCUGGCCAGGUGUCUGCUGAGGCCUCAUCAUGAGCUGGAGCUUCCUGACGCGUCUCCUGGAUGAGAUCUCCAACCACAGCACGUUCGUGGGGAAGAUCUGGCUGACUGUGCUCAUCAUCUUCCGCAUCGUGCUGACGGCCGUGGGGGGCGAGACCAUCUACUACGAUGAACAGGCUAAGUUCGUCUGCAACACGCAGCAGCCCGGGUGUGAGAACGUCUGCUACGACGCCUUCGCUCCGCUCUCACACGUCCGCUUCUGGAUCUUCCAGGUGAUCCUGAUCACCACCCCUACCAUCAUGUACUUGGGCUUUGCCAUGCACAAGAUCGCCCGCAUGGACGAUGUUGAGUACCGGCCUCUUCAUCGCGCCGGGAAGAAGAGAAUGCCCAUCGUGACCCGGGGGGCACAGCGGGACUACGAGGAGGCAGAAGACAACGGAGAGGAGGACCCCAUGAUCACUGAGGAGAUCGAGGUGGAGAAGGACAAAGGGAAGGUGACAGAAGGCUCUGUGAAGAAGCACGACGGUCGGCGGCGGAUCGCGCGUGACGGCCUGAUGAAGGUGUACGUGUGUUCGCUGAUCUCGCGCAUCGCCUUCGAGGUGGCCUUCCUGUUAGGCCAGUACGUCCUCUAUGGCUUCGAGGUGGCGCACUCCUACGUGUGCAUGCGCUCUCCCUGUCCACACAUGGUGGACUGCUUCGUCUCGCGGCCCACCGAGAAGACAAUCUUCCUCCUGGUUAUGUACGUGGUUUCUCUCCUCUGCACCACACUCACCCUCCUGGAGAUUCUCCAUCUCGGGGUCGGCGGGGUCCGCGACACCCUCCGCGUGCGCGCCAGACGCCACCCCACCCCACCUCUGCCCCCUGUGGCCCGGGGGUCCCUCUGCAGUUCCCGCCAUGUACCCACGGCCCCGCCAGGGUACCACACGGUCCUGGGGAAGAAGGACCCGUCAGGCAAGCUGAAGGCAGAGUUCAGAGAGCCGUUGGUGGGGGACUCUGGGAGGGAGAGCCUGGGGGACGAGGCGUCCAGCAGAGACCUGGAGAGGCUGAGGAAGCACCUGAAGACGGCCCAGCAGCACCUGGACCUGGCCUACCAGAACGAGCAGGGCCAGGGGUCCCCGUCACGGAGCAGCAGUCCCGAGAACAACGCCACGGCUGCAGAGCAGAACAGACUCAACUUCGCUCAGGAGAAACAGGCGGCGGCCAGCGAGAAAGGUAAGGAGGUGAACGGGUCAAACUGCUGGACGGGUCAAAACAACAUGACGGAAGGUUUCUAG